AUGCUGCCGGCAACAUCACCAGUCUCAAUGGGAGAACAAAGAAGCCUUCAAAGUGAGCCCAUAGCUAUCAUCGGUCUGAACCUCAAGUUCCCCGGUGAAGCUACGUCAAUGCAGGCCUUUUGGGCCAUGCUAGAGAAUGGGCUCAACGCGUCAUGUGAGGUGCCCGCCGGGCGGUUCAAUAUCGAUGCCUUCUAUCAUCCCGACCCUGCACGCCUGGAUAGUAUCCGCGUACGGAAGGCCCAUUUUAUGGCCGAAGACCCUCGGGCCUUCGAUGCCGCCUUCUUCAACAUGUCGCCAGCUGAAGCUUCCAUCCUUGAUCCCCAACAACGCGGCCUACUUGAGGGAGCAUAUCACACGUUCGAGAACGCCGGCAUCGCAAUGGAAUGUGCGGCGGGCUCGAAAACAUCCGUGUUCUGCGCAUCUUUCGGGCGGGACAGUGACGCCAUCGUCGCUCGCGACCCGGCCUUCCAGUCGCGCUACCAGGCAACGGCCUCGGGGUCCUCCAUGCUCUCAAACCGCAUCAGUCACUUCUUUGACCUGCGAGGACCGUCUCUGACUGUGGACACGGCGUGCUCCAGCGGCCUAUACGCCGUCCAUCUGGCAUGUCAAAGCAUUAUGGCCGGUGAGUCGAACAUGAGCUUGGUGUGCGGCUCGAAUACAUACAUCACGCCGGAAUGUAUGAGCCUCCCCCUUAGCAAUGCCGGCUUUCUUUCGCCCGAUGGACGCUCAUAUAGCUUUGAUAAGAAGGGCAAUGGCUAUGGCCGCGGUGAGGGCUACGCCUUUGUGCUGCUUAAGCCCCUCCAUAAAGCCAUAGAGGACGGCGACCCAAUUCGCGCUGUAAUUCGCGCCACGGGCGUCAACCAGGACGGCCGCACGCCAAGCAUCACACAGCCAAGCUCGCAGGCUCAGGCGGACCUGAUUCGAAGCACGUACCGGACAGCGGGUCUGAGCCUUGACGACACGGGCUACGUCGAGGCGCACGGCACAGGAACGCCCGUUGGAGACCCCCUGGAGGCAGCUGCCAUCAGCCAAGUCUUCCAGACGGCGUCGAGGAGCGAGCCCCUGGUGGUUGGCUCAGUCAAGUCCAACAUCGGCCACCUGGAGGGCGCUAGCGGCCUCGCCGGUCUGCUCAAGACGGUUCUGGCGUUGGAAAGAGGCGUCAUUCCGCCCAUCGCCGACUUCGAAGAAGCCAACCCCGCCAUCCAGGCCAGCGUGUCUGGGAUCGAUUUCCCGUCUCGGCCUGUGACCUGGCAGAAGCCAAUGCCUGGGUUCCGUCGCGCAUCUGUCAGCUCUUUUGGUUACGGUGGGUCCAAUGCUCAUGUUGUGCUAGACGAUGCCUACAAUUACUUGCGGAUGCGCGGUCUCAAAGGCUGCACCGCCUCCGCUGGUCUCGUCGACGGUGGAGUCUCUGUCAAUGGUGCCACCAGGCAUACAAACGGCACAAACGGUCAUCUUUCUGCUAAUGGUACCAAUAAAACCAGUAAAACAGACAGCGGCAGCUCUGUCGACAGCGAGGCCGAUGAUAAUAUGCCUACUGUGCUGCUGACGUUUGCCGCGGCUGACGAGGCCGGACUGCAACGACAGGCAAUGGCAUUGCAGAGAUACCUCGAGUCGCACUCCCCCCAUCUCGGCAACCAGCCCGACAAUGUGUUCUUGGUCGACGUAGCACACACUAUAUCGCACCGCAGCGCCAUGGCCUGGCGUGCCUUUGCUGUGGUAACGUCAGAAGCCCGAGUUCGAAAAGGCCUUGUCGAUAUCCUGUCUCCUGCCCACCACGCGGUUCCGUCCAAGACACCAAACCUGACGUUCAUUUUCACCGGCCAGGGCGCCCAGUACGCGCGCAUGGGCGUUGGUCUGAUGCGAUACGAGGUGUUCCGGCGGAGUAUUCAUGAGUGCGACGAGUUCCUGCGAUCGCUCGGAUGUGGCUGGUCUGUUAUCGAGGAAUUGGGUGCGCUCCCGGAGUCUUCCAAGAUCAACGAGGCGAACCUGUCGCAGCCCCUUUGCACGGCUCUACAAGUCGCGGCAGUCGACCUAUUGAGGUCGUGGGGCAUCGUUCCGCGGUCAGUGUGCGGUCAUUCGUCGGGCGAAGUCGCUGCGGCGUACUGCGCGGGAGGCCUAGAUCGUAAAUCGGCAUGGAUGAUUGCCUACUUCCGGGGUGUCGUAUCUGGCAAAGUAUCUUCCGAUGCCACUCAAGACAAGACGACGAUGAUGGCAGUCGGUCUGAGUCGAGAUGCCGUUCGCGGGUAUCUCUCACAAGGUGUGUCGGUCGCCUGUGUCAACAGCCCUUCUAAUGUUACUCUGUCGGGGCCGGUUACCGAGAUCGACGCCAUCGCCGAGGCGCUUGAUAAGGCGCAAGUCUUUGCACGCAAGUUGUCGGUCAAGGUCGCAUACCAUUCCCGUUUUAUGGAGGUCGUGGCAGCAGAGUACCAUGAUCUCAUCCGGGAUAUUUCCAAGCCCACUUCCGAGACGACUAAAGGUCUCGGCGACGGUUCUUCCGGCAUCAGAUUCUACUCAUCAACUUAUGGCGGAAGGCUGGAGACAAUGUCGGCCUUGACCCAGCCUGCAUACUGGGUGAAGAACUUGGUCUCGCCUGUCCUGUUCUCGGACGCGAUGGAGGCCAUUGUAAAAGAUCAACCCCAGGGUGUGCCUAUGUUCUUCGUGGAGAUGGGACCACAAAGUGCCUUGCGACGGCCGAUCCAAGAGACAAUGACUCAGCUCACCUCAAAGACCCCCAAGGGCAAGUGGCGAUACGUCUGCAUCCUGAAGAAAGACGCCGCCGACGAACGGUCUAUACUGGAGACCGCUGGUACCCUCUGGGCGUCCGGGCUUGCCGUGCGCUUAGACAAGCUCAAUCAAGACGCCAUGAGGGCCUGUCGCAAACCCAAGCAUGUCUUUGACCUGCCCUCUUAUCCUUUCGCCCGGCCUCGGGAGCUGUGGGAAGAGAGCCGACUCAGUCGCAACUUUGCAAUGCGUCAGCAUCGUCGGCAUGCCCUCCUCGGCGUCCGAGAGCGCGAUUGGAAUAGCGGGGAGGCCAGCUGGCGCCAUCUGAUCAGACAUCAAGAGAACCCCUGGAUCCUGGACCACGCCCUCAACGGCUCCCCGCUAUAUCCGGGCUCGGGAAUGCUGGUGAUGGCCAUCGAAGCAGCACGCCAGCUAGCUUCCGCUUCGGCCGAUGGUCGAAUUAGGGCUUACCGGUUAGAUAACGUCCGUUUCCUCCGGUCCGUCGACGCCAAUGACACGGAGCGUGGCUCUGAGGCCAAGAUUGUGCUGCGACCGCGCCGACAGACGACCAAUACAGGCAGCCAGCAGUUCUGCUACGACUGGCGCGUCUUUGGCAUCAACAAUGACGACUGGAUCGAGUGCGCGCACGGCGCUAUUCAAGUAGAGAUGGACCCUCAACAAGGAACUGAGGCCGAACAAGUCGCCAGAUCUGAGGCUCGCCGCGCUCGUCUCGCCGCGUCUCUCACGAGCCAAGUGAGGACGGUCGCGGACAAAUGCCGGCUGAUGGUGCAUCCUAGCCAGCUGUACAAACACAUGUCAGAGCUGUCGGGCUUUGAUUACGGCCCGUACUUCCAGUGCCUCAGCGAUAUCUCGUACGACAGAGACGGACACGCGACGGCAACGUUGCGGCUACGGGACUUCGCGAGUAAGAUGGCGUACGCCGCAGAGGACCCUUGCGUGAUCCACCCGACUACUCUCGACGCGAUAUGUCAUCUCCAAAUGGUGGCCCUGUCCCAGGGUGGCUGGAACGCUGUGCCUACCAUGAUGUUUUCCCAUCUGCGCAAGCUCUGGAUUUCGCACAAGCUGUUAACCGCUGAGGGGAACCCCCGGAUGCGGGCCGCCACGCAGGAGACGAUGCGGGCCUUCCGCGAGGCGGAAUGCCGGACGAUGGUGAUGCUGGAGGGAAGCGAGGAGCCCGUCGUCAUCCUCGAGGGCCAGCGCGGUACCGCCAUCACGAGUCUUGCCAGUUCCGGGGGAACAGCUGCGUCCGGUCCUGAGUUGAAACAAUGGUUGUACGGGCUCGAUUACAAGCCCGACUUGUCCCUAUUGAGAUCGGAAGACGCGCAAAGCUAUCUCGCUUCCAUCUUCCGGCGGGAUCCACGCUGCAGCGCAUCUCCCAAGGAAAAGAUCGACCGGGCUGACGCCAUCGCGCUGCAUUACAUUGAGCUCGCUCUCGACUCUAUAGACAGGGAGGCGACCCCUCUGCAGUUCGAUGACCACCUGGGACGUUACGUUCAAUGGAUGCGCCGCAUACGUCGGCAACGGAGCCAAUGGACGCUCGAGUCCCGCGGUCUCGGCCAAUUGAACAUGGAGGACGUCUUGAGAGACGCCGAAUCUGAACCCACCCAGAGACUCACAAAGAAGGUCGGCCAGCACCUGCACCAGAUCUUGAAGGGAUCGGAGAACGCGUUGCAAGUCAUCUUCGAAGGCAAUCUCGCUGAUGAGUUCUAUCAUUGCGACGUGUUUGCGACCAACAACAGCAAGAUGGGAGCAUAUAUCGACAUCCUGGCCCACAAGAACCCGAAGCUUCGCCUGUUGGAGGUUGGCGCUGGCACAGGUAGCUUCACGGGUCGAAUCAUGCCUUAUCUGGCUCCGGGCGAAGAAGGAGGUGCUCCGGUGCCUGUGCGCUUUGGCGAGUAUAUCUAUACGGACGUAUCUGCCGGUUUCUUUGAAAAAGCUCGCGAGCGCUUCUCAUUUGUUGGGGACCACAUGAAGUUCCAGAAGUUGGAUUUAGAACAGACCCCGGCAAGCCAGGGGUACGAUGACGGAACAUAUGAUGUUAUCGUGGCCGGAAACGUGCUCCACGCCACAAGGGAUCUGGUCCAGACGCUUCGCUACGUCAAAGGACUCCUUCGCCCCGGCGGUGUGCUUCUCCUAGGCGAGGCGGUCAACCUGGACAACGUUCGUGAUGGUCUCAUCUUUGGUCUUCUCCCGGGGUGGUGGCUACGCGAAGGCCAGUGGUGGUCAACCGACGACGAAUAUAAGGACCAGGGUCCUCUUCUGACCGAGUCACAGUGGGACAUGGUUCUCCGAGAGGCUGGGUUUCCCGGUGUCCAAAUGGUGUUUCGUGACCACGAGGAGAAGCCGCACCAUCGGGUUUCCAUCAUCGUCAGCGCACGGCCGGAUGAAGAGGGUUUGCCCGAAAUCUCAUCACUUACACGUCCGGUCAGGGUGAACCCGUACCGGAUCGUCUUUAACCCAGCCUCGCCCCUGCAGAAAUCGAUAGCCGAAACUCUACAGGACUACAUUGCAAGAGAAAUCACUACGGGCGUAGUCGUACUUUGGGCGAUAGGGGAAGCCGCAACCCUGGACACCCAGCAGAUCCAGGAGGAAGGUGUCAUCAGUCUGCUAGACUUGGAACAUUCUGUUCUGGAAUCGGGAUGCGACGUGCAUUUCUCUUCCAUCAAGACGCUGUGUCUCGGCAGCAGGUUCGUGGUCUGGUUGACGUACGGAGCGGCCCCAGAGGCCUCGAAUCCGUGGGCCGAGGCCGCCGUUGGGUUCGGGAGGAGUGUCUGUUCCGAAAGAGGAGAUCAAGGCUUCAUCACCCUCAGCGUGGCGUCGCGUCCCGGAAGCCCAUCCGAAGCCGCUCCCCUGGUUCAACACGUGCUCCGUGUCUUAUGCCAGCUCGAAGCCGCUAGGUCUCCGACCGCCGAGAACGAGUCCGAGUUCUCGGAGAAGAACGGCGUCCUGUGCAUCCCUCGCUUCAUACCGGCUCCGGGUAUGAAGGACACCCUGUCAGAGCGAUGGGGGGCCCGAAAACCCCGAACUUACCGCUUUGGCCAGGACUCCGACGGCGGCACCAGCACCAGCAGCAAACCGCGCUUCCGCAGCAGCAUCCAAACACCUGGCCUGCUCGACACGCUAUACUUUGCUGAGGACCCUAACGGUUGCAGUGAGCUGAAGGACGGCGAGGUCGAGAUCGAGAUGAAGGCCACGAGCAUGAAUUUUAAAGAUGUCAUGAUCGCUCUCGGGCAGAUCCCUGGGAAGAGCUUCGGCUUCGACGGCGCUGGCGUUGUUUCUCGUGUUGCUCGCGGUAGCGAGCUUAGACCUGGAGACGCCGUGCUGUACUGCAGCUCCGACGGCGGCGGCUACGGCACAUUUGUGCGGUGCCCAGAAUUACAGACGGAGAAGCUGCCUGAAGGCAUGUCGUUUCACGUCGCGGCGGCGAUCCCUGCCGUGUGGUCGACGGUGGUCUACUCCCUCGACUAUAUCGCGCGGCUGAGUGCCGGCGAGACGGUCCUCAUCCACGCGGCCGCCGGCGGCGUCGGACAGGCAGCUGUGCAGCUGGCGAAGCUUCGCAGGGCCGAGGUCUUUGUGACGGUUGGCAGCGAGAGCAAGCGCGAGCUGGUCAAGGAGCUGUACGAUGUGCCGGACGACCGCAUCUUCAACAGUCGCAACGACAGCUUUGCGCAGGAGGUCCUCUUCGCCACCGGCGGGCGCGGCGUCGACGUUUUGCUGAAUUCCCUGGGUGGCGAGCUGCUGCGGCAGUCUUGGGAGUGCAUUGCGCCGUUCGGACGUUUUGUCGAUAUUGGUAAGGCGGACAUCAUUGCCAACAACAUGCUGCCAAUGGGGCCCUUUGACAAGAAUGUCACCUUUGCUGCGGUCGACUUGGUCGUCGUGCAUAAGGAGGGCAAGGCUCUGAUGAAGAGGAUCCUCAAGGACGUCGUGCGGCUCUUUGAGGAGAACCACAGCCUUCACGAGCCGAGGCCGUUGCACGUCUUCCCGCCUUCGAGAUUAGAAGAUGCGAUGCGCUUCCUCCAAGGAGGAAAGAACACGGGAAAGGUUGUAAUCGACUUCACCUGCGACGACGCGGUGGAAUAUCAGCCUUUACAGCGACAGGAGCGGUACAAUUUUGACGCAGACGCCACGUACGUGAUCAGCGGUGGGCUGGGUGGUCUGGGGCGCGAAAUCACUAGGUGGAUGGUCACUCGUGGAGCCCGUCACUUUGUGCUGCUAUCAUCGCGGGGGCCCUCUGAUAGACCAGAGGCAGUCAAGUUCUUGAAGGAAUUAGAGUUAUCCAGUGUCAAGAUCUUGGCCCCAGCGUGCGACGUUUCCGAUCGUACGUCACUCGAGAGCGUCCUGACCCAGGCGCGGGAGCAGUUGCCUCCCAUCAGGGGCUGUAUCCAGAGUGCUAUGGCCCUGCGCGACGACAUGCUCGCUAACAUGUCAUCGUCGGCGUUCCGCGAGGCCCUCAAUCCCAAGUGUGCGGGAUCUUGGAACCUACAUGAGCUCCUGCCGCGCGACAUGGACUUCUUCGUCCUCCUUUCGUCCUUUUGCGGCGUCAUGGGAAACCGCGGGCAGAGCAACUACGCGGCGGGCAACGCCUUUGAGGACGGCCUGGCGCGGCACCGUGUCGCUAGCAAUCUCAAGGCCGUCUCCAUCGACCUCGUGCUCGUGGCGGAAGCCGGGUGGGCGAUUACAAACUAUGAUUCCGUCACGCUGGGCCUGCGAGCCAGCAGCAACGGCCUCAUGCAGGCACAGCUCAUGGCGUUGAUGGACAUGGCGUGCGACCCGAGCUACGACUGCAACGCUUUUGGGGCCGCGCAGGUCGUGAGCAUGGUCGAGAGCCCCGCGGAGCUGGCUCGUCUGACGCGGGAAGGCUUGCUGGACUGGAUUCACAAGCCCAUGUUCAGCAACCUCCGGAGGAUCGGCGAGACGGACAGCGACACGGCUGACGACAGCAAGGCACGGAAGGACAGCCCGGUCGACGAGGUUGAUCGGCUUGCUGCUAUUAAGGUGGCGCCUGACCUAGAGACAGCAACUGAGAUUGUGAGGGCAGGCCUAGUGCAGAAGCUAGCCAAGUCGCUGUCCGUGUCUAGCGACGACAUGGACGUCGGAAAACCGGCGUAUAUUAUAGGCGUGGACUCACUCAUCGCGGUCGAGGUGCGUUAUUGGUUCAUGAAACAGCUGCACGUCGAGGUGCCUGUCUUUGAGAUCUUAAAGGACCGCAGCAUUACAGAACUAUGUAAGCACGUUGCAAGCAAGGCUCUACAUACAAGCUAG